AUGCACUUCCAGUGGGACUGGCUAUGCUUGGGUGUCCUGAUAAUUAGCUCAGUAACUGCAGAAAUUGAAAAUGAAGAAAAUCAGGAUACAGAUGUUGAAGUAGAGGAUUUUGACAAGCAAUCUGAAGAUGGUAAUGUUGACAAAGAUAAAUCUUCUUUGGAGGUUGUGUACCAGACUCCAAAGCCUACUGGGGAUGUAUACUUUACAGAAACCUUUGAUGGAAUAUUGGCUGGGUGGGUGUUGUCUAAAACCAAGAAAGAAGACACAGAUGAUAACAUCGCAAAGUAUGAUGGAAGAUGGGAAGUAGAAGAGCUGAAAGAAAGCACAGUGCCUGGAGAUAGAGGAUUAGUGUUAAAAUCAAUGGCAAAGCAUCAUGCAAUAUCAGCUAUGCUAAUAAAAUCAUUUAUUUUUGAUAAUAAACCUUUGAUUGUUCAAUACGAAGUGAAUUUUCAAGAAGGCAUUGACUGUGGUGGUGCAUAUAUUAAACUUCUCUCCAGAAGUGAUGACUUGGAUCUGGAAUACUUUUUUGACAAAACACCUUAUACUAUUAUGUUUGGACCAGAUAAGUGUGGAGAAGACUACAAACUACACUUUAUCUUCAGACAUAAGAAUCCUAAAACUGGAGAAUAUGAUGAAAAACAUGCAAAACGACCUGAUGUAGACCUAAAAAAAUUCUAUUUGGACAAGAAGACACACCUCUAUACUCUUGUGCUGAAACCAGAUGAUACAUUUGAAAUGUUAAUUGACCAAUCGGUUGUCAGUAAAGGAAGUCUUCUUGAGGAUAUGGUUCCCCCAGUAAACCCACCUAAAGAAAUAGAGGAUCCUAAUGAUAAGAAGCCUGAUGACUGGGAUGAGAGACUGAAAAUUCCAGAUCCCAAUGCUGUCAAACCAGAUGACUGGGAUGAAGAUGAGCCUUCCAAAAUAGAAGAUCCUAAUGCUGUUAAGCCUGAGGGAUGGCUUGAUGAUGAACCAGAGUAUAUUCCAGAUCCUAAUGCAAAAAAACCUGAGGACUGGGAUGAAGAAAUGGAUGGUGACUGGGAAGCUCCUCAGAUCCCAAAUCCCAAGUGUGAGACUGCACCUGGUUGCGGUCAAUGGGUGCGUCCCAUGAUGAAUAAUCCAAACUAUAAAGGAAAAUGGAAACCACCUAUGAUAGAUAAUCCUAACUAUCAGGGAAUCUGGAGUCCUCGAAAAAUUUCUAACCCAGACUAUUUUGAAGAUCGUCACCCAUUUGAGAUGACCGCUGUCAGUGCUAUUGGUUUAGAGCUCUGGUCUAUGACAUCAGAUAUCUACUUUGAUAACUUCAUUAUAUGCUCGGAAAAAGAAGUAGCAGAUCGCUGGGCAGCAGAUGGCUGGGGCUUGAAGAAAUUAGUUGCAAGUGCUAACGAGCCUGGUAUGUUCACUCAGUUGGUAACUGCAGCAGAAGACCAUCCAUGGCUUUGGGUUCUUUACAUCUUGACUUUAGCUCUCCCUGUUGGUCUGGGUGUGCUGUUCUGUUGGCCAGCAAAGAAGAUAGAUGAAGAUACUGACUUCAAAAAGCUUGAAAUACCUAAGCCAAUUACAAAGGGAGAGCUAGAACAAGAGGGACAGGAGUUAGAAGAUGAUGAAGUAAAACUGGAAGAAGAAAAAGAAAAUGAAGAAGAGAUUGCUGAAGAUGAAAGAAGAGAGCUGGAGGAGACAAAAAGAGAGAUGAUGAAGGAAACAAAGCAGAUGGGAAGGCUGAUCAGAGAGGAGCCUAGAAUUGCGAGACUCAGUGAGGGUGAAGGUGGUGAAGAUACUGAUGAAGAAGAGGAAAAUGAAGUUGAAGAUGGAAGCCAAGAAGGUGAUAAAUCAAAUAAAUCUGGUUCAGAAGAUGAGAUGAAAGAAGCUGAUGAAGGCACAGGUUCUGGAGAUGGUCCACUGAAAUCAGUACGCAAAAGGAGAGUACGAAAGGACUAAUUUUUUUUUCCCAAGCUGGUGUUUUAGUGUUUUUAGAACUUGAUAAUAGUAACUUUUGGUAUACCACUUCUGUAAGUUCCAGAGAUUUGAAAGAAAAAAUGGGACUUGUUGCUACGUAGCCUCCUAUUUUAAUUCUCCAAUCUCUUUAAUCUUUCCAAACUUUCCUUAAUUCCCUUUUUUAGGGAGAAAUAUCUGUGAAGAGUUAGCUAAUGUUCUGAAUUUAGAAUAAAAGUGAAAUGGCAAGUUGGCCACUGGAUUUUAAGAUAAAUAUUCUUAGAAAGUAGUUUGAGUUGGAGGUAAAUUUUGACUAUAAAUAUUUUUUAAAACAUUAAAGGAAUAAAUUAUAUUUUUCAGCUCUAGUGCAAAAGUUGCUGUUUACACAUUUCAGCUAAAGGGGGAUGAUAAUCUAAGUGUAGCAUCUGUAGCAGUUCAUACUGCUAAGAGAAAAGGCAUUUCUGUGCAGAGCUAAAUGCAAUAACAUUGUUUUUUUGUAUGAUCUAGUGCUAGUAAUGUUUUUUGUUGUAAAUUAUUUCUUUCAGUUGAUAUUGUUAUUUUGGUAGUUCCCUGUUCACUUUAGAUAUUCAUUACAGUAAUUUUUAAGAAGUGCUUUAAAUUAGAAUACUUACAGAACAAGUGGUUAACUGAUGUCACUUGUUUUACUCUUGAACGAAGAUAUCAAAUCUACAGAAACAGUGAUAUACAGAUGACUUUUUUGAAACUUUUUAUAGUUCUUAUGUUCCAAACCAGAAUGGCAUAGCCCCUAUUUAUAGAAUACUUGCUAAGUGUACGUUGCCUCUUAAAAAUAUUUAAUAAUUCUUGCUUAACAUGAAAUGUAUUAAUACAGAUAAUUUUUGAUGGAUUAAGAUUUUUUUUACAGGCAUAAGUAAUGGCUGUUCUCAUAAUAUAGUUUAAAUAAACUGCAUACUGUACCAUAACCUUCGUUUUGUUUAAAGUUCAACUGUACAUUUAAAAAA